AGGCCACUGGUUCAAGCAAUCAGGUAACGGCCGCUUCUCUCCCGGCGCCGCUCCGCGUUGGGCACGAUUGCAGCUCGGCGACGGAGCGGCGCUGCAGCCUCUCAGUCCAGCCCUUCUUUUUCUGGCGCAGCUCGCAUCUUCCCAUCGGCGCAUUGCCAUGGUGCACAGCCAAAGCGACGACAUCCAAGCCGCUGCCCAUUUCCGACCUGCGCCAGCUCACGUGGUCGCCGCUGUUGCGAGCCUAUACAAAAACAGGCUUAAACCGUUUGGUCGUAUCCUCAUCAAGCGUGUGGGCGAGCUUGCGGCCGACAUCACCGCGAACGGCGCGCAUUGUGUCUCCACCGCCGAGGGCUUCAUCCCCCGUAUAGAUUCCAAACACCUGUUGCGCAUUUGCAGGCAGUGCCCGCAGCUACGCGUUGAGGAUCUUGACUACGGCGAGUACGCGGCCGUGCUCGUGGGUUGGCCGCCUGCUUUUGUCGAUAUUGAUAGCACCGACGACCCCUACCCCCAGGACCUGUGGGUCGACCUUCGCGCCUACUUCGAUGGGCCCGCAGACAGCCACCCACCUCUGCCCGGCAGCAGGUACAACAGCGCCCGAGCACUCAAGGCGCGCAAUUUGCCUUGUUUGCAGGACCUAUGUCUCGGAGAGGUGUGUCACGUGCUCGCGCUCGCAGUGUCCCAAAAGAAGGUUUUGGGCCACUCCAGGGGCCACAUCGUCCCGUACAGACGCUCGGAGAACGGGCGCAAGACCUUCUGCGCUGGGAUGGCGUUGCCCGUCAACGGCGGGAAGCUGGUGUCUUCAGGGCUGGUGGUCGCGACGUGGGCGCAGCUCACCCAAGGCCUGCAGGAGCUGCUGGCAGACUCCUCGGACAAGGGGGCCAGUGGGAUCCCAAUACCCAACGUGAAGCGGCUGUUCCGCUCGAGAUUGGGCCUUGAGCUCAGCGAGACCGCGCUGGGGCACUUGAGAGUGCAGGACCUGCUUCAGGACGCGCGGCUGCGCAGCGUCUGUGAGAUCAGGCGGCAGGGCGCCAAGAACAACUUCGUUGUGGUGGGGCGGCCAGCAGCGCCCCCAGACGAGGGUGCGCCCUCGACGCUGCCCGGAGCAGUCUUGCAUUACGAGGCGCCAGUUCGCAAGGUGGAGCCGACCUGCAAGCAUGCCCCGCCCUCGCCAGGCCCUUGCAGGGAGUCGGGGCAGCCGGUGUGGAUCUCGCCCACGCUGCUCGAGAGCAUCUGGCCGCGGAGCUGAAGCCCUCGCAUUCCCAGGCGGCGGCUCCGUGAGCACGCUCGCAUUGCCGGUUGGAGAUCGGUGCGGCACGUCGUUGCCACCGGAGCGAAAGAGCGCAGCGCGUGCUGGGCGUGGAUUACCACCGCGAGCAACUGAAGGAGCCGCACUGUUUGGAGAACUAUGGCGCGCUCGACUUCAGCGAUCUUCGCGUGGCCCACGACGCGGGAAAUACCAGCGCAAAGAUGCCUCAGCUGAGGCGGAGUGGCACAUGCUCUCCCCUUUUUUGAGCACCACCCGCCUCGUGGGUUCGCCUGCCGCACACGUCUGGUAGGCCCUAGGCCCUAGGAUUCAGAGCAUGCCAUCGUCCGCAGGUAGCUUCCUGUGAUUUCAGGAAACCAAACAGGUCCCGGGCUUAUGCUUGGAGGCUCGGACGAUCUCCAAGCCGCGCCGCUGGAAGCAGGCGGGCACGGGGAGCGCGCUCAAGACACGGUUCCCGACGUUGACUCCAAA